AUGAAGUGUUUGGUUAUAGUAGACGCUCAAAACGAUUUUUUGCCCAAGGGGGCGUUUAAUUCGAAAGAGGAAUAUAUGGAUGCGCUAUAUAAAAUUAACUCCAUAAGACUUAACUUGUUUAAUUGUAGUGAAAAGGAUUUAUUAAAACUACGAGAUUGUAAAAAUGUAAUGGAAUAUAAAAAAGAUUUACUACUUAAUGAGAACAUUGUCGAAUAUUAUAAAUGCUGUAACGAUAUAGAUGCUGCAAAAUAUGAAGACGAAAUUUUAUUAUUUCCAUUUGAUAAGAAUUGUGAAUAUUUGAAUAAAUACAAGUGGGUACAUAACCAAAGUGUAAAAGAAAAUGCAAACGGGGUUAUUCUGGGUAGAGACUCAGAAAAUGAACACAAUCAUAUAAAUAGUGGACUGCACAAGGAUACGUAUAAUGGCAGGAAUGAUGGAAAUAAUGAUAAUAAUAGUUACCGUGCUAAUGGCUAUAACGGGAACAGUAACGGAAAAGAGAAUUACUUACAUCAUAAUUACAUAAGUAAUUGCGGCAAUAAUGUAAUAAUGAAUUCAAAUAAUUUUUCAAAAGAAUGUCAUUUAAACGGUUUGAAUGAAAAAACUAACAAGGGUAUAUCAAACUUUACUUUGCACAUUUUGUCUGUAGACUACCACCCACAGUUACACGUUUCGUUUGCUAAAACGCAUAGAAUAAUUUAUGAAGAAAUUUGCAAAAAUAGCGAGUCGAAUAGUAGCGCAAAAGCAAAUGAGUACGAACAAAACGAACAGGAAUUCAACUGUGUAAACGGAAGUUCAACAUGUUUAGGAGGAAUUAGUAAUCAUAUUGAUGAAGAGGAAACAAAUGAUGUAAAUGAAGUACAUGUAGUUGAAGCAGACAUGAAAGAAUUGGAGGACGAUGGAGAUGAAGUAAACGACACAAAUACCUUAGAUGAUCAUCCAGAUGAAUAUUACACCUCUUUUUUGAAAAAAAACAAAAUAUUCAAUUUGACUGAUGUAUUGAAAAAUAUUAAAAAAAUAAAAAAGAGCAAAAUAAUAUAUAAAAACGUUAAUUCUGUAAAUGAUAUAAAAGAAUAUAACAAGUUAAAUUUUUUAAAUAAAACAAUAGAUGUAUGGCCUAUCCAUUGUGUUAGAAAUACACUAGGAUGUAAGAUACAUAAAAAAUUAAUUAGGCACAUUGAUGAUGUAGUUAUUAAAAAAGCGGAUACAGAAAAUCAUGAAAGUCUUACCAUAUUUGAAAAUGAUAAAGUUAAUAAAAAAAUACUAAACGUUUUAAAGGAAAAAAAUAUAAAUUCUGUAUACAUAUGCGGAUUUAUAUUUGAAUAUUGUGUUAAAGAAACUGCAUUAAGUUUUCUUAGUUUAGGAUUUGAUACAUACAUAAUAGAAGACGCAACAGCUUAUUUAUUUGGAAAAGAAGAGGAUAAAAUAUAUUUAAAAAAAAAAGGAAUUAAAUUUGUAAAUUCUUCGACAAUGUUUUUGUGA